AUGGCGGCGGUGCCAGCGGCGGCGGCUGCUGCUGGGAGCGGGACGCUCAGAGAGGAGGAGGCUCCGGGAGGGGAGGCAGCAGCCUCGCAGGCCCAAGCCCCGACGAGUGCACCCGGGGGCGCUCGCCUCUCGAGGCUGCCUCUGGCGAGAGUAAAGGCCUUGGUGAAGGCGGACCCUGACGUGACGCUGGCAGGACAGGAAGCCAUCUUCAUUCUGGCGCGUGCCGCGGAACUGUUCGUGGAGACUAUUGCAAAAGAUGCUUACUGCUGUGCCCAACAGGGAAAGAGGAAAACCCUCCAGAGGAGAGAUUUGGAUAACGCGAUAGAAGCUGUGGAUGAAUUUGCUUUUCUAGAAGGCACUCUGGAUUGACAGCAGAGCCGUGGCUGCUUCCUUCUGCUUCCUGCCGUGCAAGCCUCAGCUUUGGAGAGAGUCUGCGCGUGUGCACAAUCUUGUCCUCCUCUUACCCGAGCCGGAAGGAGCAGAGAUCUCUCUGAUAGCAUUCUCCACAAAGUCUUCCAUUACCUGAGUCUGUCUUCCAGUUCCGGCCUGGAUGCAGCUCCUGCAG